AUGAAGGUGCGGGCUAUGUGGAAAGAAAAUAGGCGCUAUUUCUCAUCUAGGUGGUUUUAUGCAAUUGACAUUCCUAAAACCAAACCUUUUGAAUCAGAGUAUGUACCAAAAACGGCACCUUUAAAAUUUCAACCGUUCUCCAAGGUCGACUCCAAACGGAUUGAGGACCUCUAUACCCAGAAGAAUUUCAGUAGGAAACUUGAUGUUAAUGAGGAUCAUCUUUUCGAGGUUGAUCUGGAAAAGUUUUCUAUGAAUCCAAUCUAUUGGGACGGACCAUCCUAUGAAAUACGAAGAGGUAUCUGGUUUGAUGACCAGAAUAGGCCGUUGAGUCAUGACUUAACCAAGGCUAUUGAAGAAUUACAUCAGCAGUGGCUCUCUAGGGACAAAGAGAAAUCUAAAACCACUGAACUUCGUGAUAUUUUCCGAUUACCAAAAGAUUCGAAAUGGAAAUACGUUAUGUUUUUUGAAGACGAUAGGACCGCUUUUUUGUUGCCAGAUAUCUACGGUGGACAUUUACAGCUUACUAUCCUACGGAGCUCAGUGGCUCAACUGAUUCAAUUGGGUGCAUCCAAGCUUACCAAGGGCUAUGAGGAACCAUCUUCUCUAACAGAAAGAGCGAAAGAGAUCGAGGGUCAAGUUAUCGAACAUGCGAUGGGGUUAGGUAAGAUAUCCGAUAUGAUCUCUUGGGAAUUUAGCGACCUUGUGAAGUUCCCAAACGAAGAAAAUAACAGUAAACAAGAAGAAGAUAUGAUGAAAGAUGAAAUGUCAAAGGAUUAUGACAAUGGUGAUUCAAGUGAAAAGAGUCAUUACAGACCAACUAACCAUCUCGUUCUCUGUGUUCAUGGUAUCGGUCAAAAUUUGGGUAAGAAGUAUCAGUACGUUAACUUUGCGCAUACUGUAAACCUAUUACGGAACAACAUCAAGUACUUGUAUAAAUCGAAUCCUUCCUUACAGGAGUUCAAUUCCGCAAGAAAGUUCCCUGAUUAUAAAACCAAUAGUGGAACACAAGUUCUUCCAAUUACGUGGAGGCAUGCAAUAGGAUUCAAUACAGACGAGACUAAUACGAAUCGUGACAAUGAGGAUUUGCCAACAUUAGCAGAUUUGACGGUAGACGGCAUUAGACCUUUAAGAAAGUUGUUGGGUGACGUUGGCUUGGACAUUUUGCUAUACGGUGAUGAUUUUUACCUAGAUAGAAUCCUAAAGCACGUCACAAAUGAAUUGAACGAUGUAUAUGAGAAGUAUCGUGAACACAAUCCUGAAUUCGAUGGCAAAGUCAGUUUACUGGGUCACUCUCUCGGAUCCGUCAUCUUGUUUGAUAUUCUUUCUCAACAGUCUAAGUUUCCGUUGAAUUUUGAAGUUGAUAACUUCUUCGCUAUUGGUUCGCCAAUAGGUGUAUUCAAACUUAUACAAAGAACCAAAAUUGGCGAAUCUGAUUCCUCUACAAGACAGCAAACUCCCGCAUGCAACAACUUUUACAACCUAUUUCAUCCCUGUGAUCCGAUUUCCUAUCGAGUUGAACCACUAAUAGACAAAGUCACUGCUAAUUAUGAAGCAGAAUGGAUUCCGCAUGCGACCGGGUACGACUUCAUUGCUGACACCGUGAAGAAUUUGAUGUCAGAUAAAAAUCUAAAAGAGAAAGAACUCAUGACCCAACGAUUACUUUCGAAUUUGUUGCGCUUUAACAGCAACGGGCGUGUUGACUAUUCUUUCCAACCCAAUUUAUUAGACGUGGAUGUCUGGAGUGCUAUAAAAUCUCAUGUCAGUUAUUUUGAAGACAUGGAUACUGCAGGAUUUUUGCUGAAGGAAAUAUUGAAGAAACACGUUAAACCUAAAACUCAUGAAAUAACUAAAUUAAAAUCAACCAAAGUAGAGACAAAGAAGACAAAAUAG